GCGGGCGGUCGGGCGCGCGCGGCAGCAUGGAGGAGCUGAGCAGCGUGGGCGAGCAGGUCUUCGCCGCUGAGUGCAUCCUGAGCAAGCGGCUCCGCAAGGGCAAGCUGGAGUACCUGGUCAAGUGGCGCGGCUGGUCUUCCAAACACAACAGCUGGGAGCCAGAGGAGAACAUCCUGGACCCUCGGUUGCUCCUGGCCUUCCAGAAGAAGGAACACGAGAAGGAGGUGCAGAACCGGAAGAGAGGCAAGCGGCCGCGGGGCAGGCCGAGGAAGCACACGGUGAUGUCCUCCUGCGGCCGGCACUCCAAGCUCAAGGAAACUGACGCCACCUCCAAGUGCAAGUCCAGCAGCUCCUCCUCGUCCUCCACAUCCUCCUCCUCGUCUUCAGAGGAAGACGACGACAGCGACUUAGAUACCAAGAGGGGUCCCCGGAGCCGUGAGACCCACCCAGUGCCUCAGAAGAAGGCCCAGAUCCUGGUGGCCAAGCCCGAACUGAAGGACCCCAUCCGGAAGAAGCGGGGCCGCAAGCCCCUGCCCCCGGAGCAGAAGGCGGCCCGGAGGCCCGUGAGCCUGGCCAGGGUGCUCAAGACCACCCGGAAGGACCUGGGGGCGCCCGCCAGCAAGCUGCCCGCUCCGCUCAGCGCCCCCGUGGCCGGCCUGGCGGCCCUGAAGGCCCACGCCAAGGAGGCGUGCGGCGGCCCCAGCACCAUGGCCACGCCAGAGAACCUGGCCAGCCUGAUGAAGGGCGUGGCCGGCAGCCCCAGCCGGGGCGGCAUCAGCUGGCAGAGCUCCAUCGUGCACUACAUGAACCGCGUGAGCCAGAGCCAGGCCCAGGCCGCCAGCAGACUGGCGCUCAAAGCCCAGACGGCCAGCAAGUGCAGCCUCGGGCUAGACCUCAAGGUGAGGACGCAGAAAGGGGAGCUGGGGUUCAGUCCCCCUGGAGGCAAGGCCCCAAAGGCCCCCAGCAGCGGGGCGGUGGAGCAGAAAGGGGGGAGCACGGGGGGGGCCCCACACGUCCACAGCAGCAGCAAGGUCCCUGCUGGUUGCCUGAGCCCCCAGCCUGCACCCACCCAGGAACUGAGCCUCCAGGUCCUAGACUUACAGAGUGUCAAGAAUGGCACGCCUGGGGUGAGCCUGGUCGCCCGCCACGCCCCAGCCAACAAGGGUGUCCCUGCUGCCGUGCCGGGCACUGGGAAAGGGACUGGUGCCGGCCCCACUGCGGGGAGCGGGGCCGGCAUGCUGACCGACGCCAGCAAGAGCGAGAAGCUGGCCUCCAGGGCCGCGGCUCUGCCCACCCCUGCAGGCCAGAGAGCCUGUGUCAAGGGCAGCGUGGGCCCUGGCGGGCAGGAGGGGCCCGGGGCCCAGGGCGACGCCCGCAAGGCGGCCGCGCUGCUGGAGCUGAGCACCGGCGAGGAGAACAGCAGCUCCGACUCGGACCCCGACUCGGCCUCGCCUCCCGGUGCCAAGCAGAACCUGUCUGUGUCCGUGCAGACCAGCCAGGACUGGAAGCCCACCCGCAGCCUCAUCGAGCACGUCUUUGUCACCGACGUCACUGCCAACCUCAUCACCGUCACGGUGAAGGAGUCCCCCACCAGCGUGGGCUUCUUCAACCUGAGGCAUUACUGACCCCGUGGCCACCGCCGCCAGGGCCUCCCCUGCCCGUCUCCGGCCUCCAGUUCUGCUCCAAUCAGUGACCGCACCCCAGACCAUCGCCAGGGGCCAGGCGGCCUUGCAGGGCAGGCCUGGAAUGCCUUCUCUCGAACCCUGGCCCUACCUGUGACGUCGGGUCAGGGCGAUACCUUGAUGCCUUGCCAGGGCCUGGCCCGGCCCUGCUCCUACCUCUGGGCCUUCACUUCCCGCCGGCCUCAGGAAGCCUGGGCAGCCACCUGGGGCCCAAACCAAACCU